CUUCUCGGUGGAACAUAGGUAGAUGUAUAAAAUGGAUGGUGUAAAUUGGAGAACAAAAGCACAGGAGAAAAAGAAUGAAUUAGAUUCUUCUAUAUAGCACUUUUUUACUCAGUAUGGAGAUCUCCUUUUCUAAUUAGGCUAUCCCACUACAAAAGCUCCUUUAAACUUAUGUCAUGUUAUCUUAUAAACAUCUGCACACUUUUUGGAUAUAAUUAUUGGAGGAGUUGCUAGCUGGAGAAAUAGAACUCUGCUUAUACGUGGUUCUAUGCUUGUAAGAGCAGCAAUCAUGCUGUUGUGUGCUUUGGCUUAUUAUGCAGUUCAAGCAUUUGUUUAAGUCUGAGAUGCUCACUACUGGUCAAGUAGUCUAUUUGUUCCCUUGUUCUUGUUAGUGCCGGAUGCAUAGUUGUUUUAUACUUUUAUUAACUAUAUAAAAUUAUAUAGACAUAUAGUGAUAGUGGAAAGAAGACAUGUUCCUUGUCCAGUGUCUUUAUUUGGAUUUGGGCCCUGUUCUCUUUUAACUUUAAAAAAUCACUAUUCAUUUUAUAUAUGGGGAUCAGCUUCUAAUUACUUUGGGCCAGAAGUAUCAUUUUUAAUCAGUAUUUGCACAUACGAGAAACAAUAGACAAUCAGUAAAAUUCAGUAGCAGUAAAUAUGAUUUCAGUACAAUGAAUUUUUUUUGUGAAAAAUUAGUGUACUAGACACUUUUACCCUCCACUAUUAGUGUUCUUGUAGGUCAGUGUCAAUUUGAUGUUCACUGGUCACAGUGCAGAGAUGACGCAUAUAAAGAGGAUAGAAGGUCAACUAGAGGUGUGGAAAAAUUUAUAUCCAAGUUUAGUUUCUAUGAUGUUUUGUGUCUUUCUCGUGGAAAGAAAAGUUGGAUGAUCUCAUAAAUUGACUGCAAUGCUGACGAUUCAUAAGUUAUUGGUAUGUAAUCAGCUAACGGUCGAUAUCCUGCUGUGUUAGCAGUCACCUAAAUUUGUGACCUAAUUUCAAGCUUUUUUCGUCUGCCAAAGGCCCAUGAAUAUAAGCUCAUAUUAGAAAUUGUACUUUAAUUAGAUAAAGGAAGCUGACAAUGUGACUUGAAUGAUCCAUGAUACCGUUACUUUGCCCUUCUGUUCACAUACAUUUUAUUUGGAAGAAUUCUAGCAUGAAAACAGAGUGAAGUCUUCAUAUUGUUAGUAUGAAUGGUUUUUUUUAGGUCACUACCAAAUAGAAUUAUUUUUCGAUGGCGGGCCUAUAUGUGAUACCAAACUAAGCUGCUAAGUGCUGUAUGAGCUGAUGCUGACCUAUUCCUCUCAAAAGAAACAAGAGAGAAAAAGGCAAGGAGCAUUUUUUUUUUUUGUUGAGAGGUGGGAAGAAAAGAAAGUAAAUGCUGUCCUGUUAUUGGCUGACAGCAAUUUGUUUCAUGUUGCGAUUACUAUAAAAGCUUUGCAAACCUUAGAAUGAAACAUCGUUGAGAGAUAAAUCCUCUAUCUGACACUCCUGUACCCUCUAUACCCUCUCUUAGUAGAUCUCAGGAAAAAUAGAAAGGAAGAAGCAAAAGUCAUGGUUGUCGGUCUAAGGUUUCUUUCUGCAGUUAACACAUCAGUGUCUGCCAAUAAUGCAGGACUGACGUCUACCCAAUCAGAUUAUGUUAUCAUCCUAGCUGCUCUCUUUUGUGCCCUUAUUUGUGCAAUUGGCCUUGCGGUGGCAGCGCGAUGUGUUUGCUUUCACCACCCUCUCAAUCUUUUCUUGACAAAUUCAGUCCUUCAAACCUCAGCACCUCCGCCAGGUCUCGACAAGAAGGCCCUUAACUUACUGCCAACAACCAACUAUGUUUGUGAAGCAGGUGGUAGUGACAAACAGACUGACUGUGCCAUCUGUUUGACGGAGUUUGCUGAUGGAGAUAUAAUGAGGAUUCUUCCACGAUGUAACCAUGUCUUUCAUGUAACCUGCAUUGACACAUGGCUUGGGUCCCACUCAUCGUGUCCAUCUUGUAGACAGUUGGUUCUUAUAGGUGGUCAAUGUCUUCACUGUGGUGGAUUUUCUGCUAAUCAGGGUACCCAUGGUACUCCCACAGAGGUUCGUAUGAGAGAGAAUGAUACGUUGUGCAGGCAAGACUAUGUGCGUGCAUUUUUACCCUAGAAUUAUAUGGAAGUGACAUCUGUGUUUCCUUUUUCUUUUCGUUUGUUUUUACUACCUUCAUUUGAUUGUAGGAGUUAUGUAUAUAAAGAAAUCUGAACUGUUUUAGUAUCCAUCUAUGUGCAUCUGAUUCUAAUAUUCUUCUUGCAUUGUC